GCCGCAUGGAUGCAUCAAGAUAAAAUACAAAUUUAGUGCCGAGUUGCCGGGGUUUGAUUUAAAUAAGGUCGACGUCGAUCCCCAGUCAACUUGAAAUGACCAAGAAUGAGGAACAACCUAAGAACCACCUUUCCAAUUCCUGACACAUAUAUAUUUCCUUACUAUACUACCUACGGUAAUUCUGUUAUUUAUCUGUUUCACUAAUGCAAAUCUUACUGCAUAUCCUCAGAUCCAGCCAACGAUUAUCUGCCACUACGUAGGUCACUGGUAUUAGUUAUCGUCUUGUUUGCUAUUUUAUAAUAACUAGGUAGUUGGUUGGUAAUGUAUCCUUCUCGUUAUUUUUACCGGUCGACGACACGAGAGACAGCCAUCAUCUCUCCAUGUUCAUCGAAAAUGUAGAAUGGCAGGUUCGUCAACAACCUCACCACGCCAUGCUUGCUAUAUUUCGAAGAAAGACACGCGUCGCCAUCGCCCUAUUUCUGGUUCUUCUUUUAUAUCUCUUAGUCGGGCUCAUCCCAGAACACAACGAUACCCUCUUCGGCUUCACCUAUGUUAGAUCCAGCUACGACUGGUCUAAGCAGCCAUUCCACUAUCCCAUAACUGAUUACACACCCUUACCAACCGGUAGGCCUCUCACCUUGCCCAAGGUUCAAUAUGCAUUCACUACCGAUACGAGUCCCGACGGCAUCGCACGAGAGGAAGUCUUGGCCAGUCGCCGCGCUGAGGUGAAGAAUGCGUUUGUCAAGAGUUGGACUAGCUAUAGAAAUAUCGGAUUUGGUUAUGACGAACUGAUGCCCGUAUCCGGGAAGGGGAGGGAUGCGCCUGGCUUCGGGGGAUGGGGAGCCACCCUAGUCGAUUCUCUUUCCACUCUUUGGAUUAUGGGCCUCAAGGACGAAUUCUACGAAGCAGCCGCUGCAGCCGUAACCAUUGACUGGGCCCGUACGAGAGACACGUCAUGCAACUUCUUCGAAACUACCAUCCGACACUUAGGUGGGCUCUUGGGCGCAUACGAUUUAAGCUUAGAAACUGCAUUGCUGGAAAAAGCCAUUGAGCUUGGGGAUAUGCUGUAUAUGGCCUAUGACACACCGAACCAUAUGCCCCCGUUCUGGCUCGACUUCUCCGACGCGAAAAGGGGCUCUCAAGUAGCCGGGUACCAUGACCCAUCAGCCUCCGUCACAUCGUCAUCUCUCGAGUUUACAAGACUAGCGCAGCUUACCGGAGACAAUAAAUAUUACGAUGCGAUUAAUAGAGUGACGUUGGUCCUGGAUGACUGGCAGAACAGGACGACAUUACCCGGCAUGUGGCCGACAUCCUUUGACUUCGCGCAAUUACAACUAGAUAGCGACAGCAGCUUUACGCUUGGUGCUCUGGCAGAUAGUCUUUAUGAAUAUUUACCAAAGACGUAUGCCAUCCUCGGUGGACUAGAGCCCGUAUAUGAAAAGCUGUAUCGGGGGGCGAUGGACACUGUCAUCAAGAAUUUAUUGUUUCGGCCCAAUACACCCGACCAAGAUGACAUAUUGUUCUCCGGAAACGUUUACGUUUCGGAUACCGGACCCCACCUAACCGCCGAAGCGCAACAUCUCGGGUGUUUCGUGGGUGGAAUGUUUGGGCUCGGAGGCAAACUUUUCCAUAUCCCCGAACACCUCGAGAUCGGUGAGAAGAUCACUAGAGGUUGCGUGUGGGCUUACGACGCCAUGCCCACUGGCAUCAUGCCUGAGAUAUUUGAUCUCCUUAAAUGUGAGACGCUAGAUCCGUGCGAAUGGGACGAGUCGGGCUGGCAAGACACAGCUGAUACGCAGCUGAAAAGAGGAUUUCAAAAUGCGCGUGACCCGCGUUAUCUUCUAAGACCAGAGGCUAUCGAGAGUGUCUUCUUGAUGUAUCGGAUGACGGGAAAUCCGGAGUAUCAAGAAAUGGCGUGGAGGAUGUUUCAAGCAAUUCGAAAAGCAACCGAGACAGACUUGGCAUUUUCUUCCAUUGAAUCCGUUAGGGAUGUCGUUACUGUUAAGUCUGAUUCUAUGGAGAGUUUCUGGUUGGCCGAGACCCUCAGAUAUUUUUACUUAAUCUUUUCUUCGCCUGAUCUCAUCAAUUUAGACGAAUACGUUCUCAACACGGAAGCGCAUCCUUUGAAGCGCCCUCGAUGAAGGAUUGAAGGCAUCGUGCCUAGACAGAUUAGCGAUGAAGCGCUUGGUUCAUGUCAUGGGGCAUAUCUACAAAUAGAGCUUGUGGGAUGCUCUUAAGACGCGCUGGUAGGCGCAUAUAAUAUCGAAGUCUAAUCUUGUACAUAUAUCUCGGAGUGAUAGUGGCAUAUGACUUAUGAUCAGGACCAUAUAGGGGAUGGAGUGCAGCUGAAGAUAGACAACACUGCCACGAUAGAUUUAAUGAUAAUAAUGCCCCGCGAGUCACUCCAGUCAGCUCAUUGAGAACCAAGCAUCUAUCUAGUAGGCAUUACGUAGUAGGAGAAAUGGGAGGGAAAAGUAAAAUAAGUAGUGAACGUGUUACCCCUCCUGUUCGCCUCUUCCCCCCAUAUUCUCCCCUCCCCUCUCCCCUCCCCUCUCCC